GUCUAGCCAAAGGUUGAUAUGCUUCGUCGCCAGGUACGGCCGUACUGGUACCGGUACUGGUAGAAAAAUCAUUUUUCGUCGCUCCCACUUCCACUCCCAUCCCUCGUGUCAAAGCGCGCGACCCAAGCUUGCUCGAGUUAUUACCGCCAAUGGAGCUGCAGGAAGACGUGCGUGCCACGGAUGAGGAGAGCCAGCCUCACUUCCUGAUCGUGACGUACCCGGCGCAGGGCCACAUCACCCCGGCGCGUCACCUCGCGCGCCGUCUCGUGCGCGCGGCCGCCGGCGCCGGCGGUGCGCGCGUCACCAUAUGCACCCCUGUCUCGGCCUUUCGGAAGAUGUUCGCUGACGCAACAAGCGCGGUGGGCGGCGACGAGAUAAGGGAAGAGGGCGGGGUCGCAUACGCCGCUUACUCCGACGGCUACGACGGUGGGUUCGACCGCACCGCGGGCGACUAUGCGCACUACAUGUCGCAGGUGAGGCUGGAGGGAGCGCGCACGCUGUCCGGGCUGCUCCGGCGCCUUGGCGAUCGCGGGCACCCCGUCACCUGCGCAGUGUACACGCUGCUCAUGCCGUGGGUGGCCGCCGUUGCGCGGGCGUACGGCGUGGCGGUCGUCGCGGUGUUCUGGAUCCAGCCGGUCACCGCGCUCGCCGCGUACUACCACUACUUCCGAGGGAGCCGGGAGGCCGUCAUGGCGGCCGCCGCGUCGCGUGACCCGAAUGCCGAGGUGUGUAUCCCGGGCCUCCCGCCGCUCCGGUUCCGGGACCUGCCGUCCUUCCUCGCCGUCACCUCGGACGACGACCCGUUUGCCUGCCUGAUCCCGGAGUUCCGCGAGCUCAUCGACGCGCUCGACGGCGACUCCGAGAAGCCCCCUACGUACGUCCUCGCCAACACGUUCGAGGCCAUGGAGCCUGAUGCGCUGGCUUCGUUGAGGCCUCACGUCGAAGUGGUAACCGUCGGUCCCGUGCUCUCGUUCCUGCACGACGGCCACGACGGCAACAGUCCAAACGACCUGUUCGACCACGACGGCGAAGGCUACCUCCACUGGCUGGAUACGAAGCCGGCCAAGUCGGUGGUGUACAUCUCCUUCGGGAGCACGUCGGUGAUGAGCAAGACGCAGGUCGCCGAGAUAGCGGACGCCAUGAGCCAGUCCAACAGGCCGUUCCUAUGGGUGCUACGGAAAGACAACUGCAGGGACAAGGACGAAGGCGAUGCGAUCAAGGGACUCCUCGCAACGGCGUCGGCGGCCACGUACGACGACGACGACGCCGGUGGCAUGGUGGUGGAGUGGUGCGACCAGGCGCGCGUGCUCUCGCAUCCGUCCGUGGGGUGCUUCGUGACGCACUGCGGGUGGAACUCGACACUGGAGAGCGUGGCCUGCGGCGUGCCCAUAGUUGCGGCGCCGCAGUACUCGGACCAGGGGACGAACGCGUGGCUCGUGGAGCGGGCGCUGGGCGUGGGUGUCCGCGCCACGGCGCGCGCGGAGGAUGGCGUCCUGGAGGCCGGGGAGCUGAGGAGGUGCGUGGAGAUAGCUACGUCGGAGGCGGUGACGUCGCGCGCCGCGUCGUGGAAGGAGGAGGCGAGGGUGGCCGUGGCCGACGGCGGCGGCUCAGAGCGGAGCCUGAGGGAGUUUGUGCGGCGGAUUGCAGGCGGUAGUACCUGAAAUUGUUACUGCGGCUGCACGUUUAUUCCGGUUAGUUACUGUUGUGAGUGUAAUGCCGCGGGGGAUUGUGACUGCCCUGCCCAUGGAAGGAUAAGAGGAUCGAAAGCUGAAGCGAAGUGAUUGACGCGAUGCUUAUCGUGUCCGGAUGUCUGUCUCUUUCGGUCAUUCUCAAGACCGAGGACAGGGCGAUGUAUGGAGAUGCACAAAGCCGUAUACUA